AACACCCUGGCCUCUGGCCACCAGUACUGGUGCCAGUACUUUGAAAGAUGGGAUGCAGACCGACCCGUUUUGGACUCACGUGCUAUCAUUUGAUGAACUCUGAUUGGCUAGUUUUGGCUCGUUUUUACUGUAUAUUUAUAGUAAUAAAACCAUGCAGCAAUAUCCUGUCUGGCCUCCCUCUGGGCACAACACUGGGCCUGAGGCUGUUCUUGAUGAAGUGUCAGGACACUGAAUGGUUAGUGGUUGGCUCCUAACAGCUGGCAGCCUCUGCCUUGGUUUCCUUGUUUAAGAUGGCAGUGGCAGCCCUGCUCCGGAGCCUGGGCUGUGGCUUGGCACUGUCAUUUUCCUUGUCAUUGCUCACUCUGGCUGGAAUUUGCUCGGGUUUCCUCAGCAGGUGGUGGAAGACCCAGGUCGGCACAUGUGCGAGUUACUCAGUCCCUGCCCGCAUUUGUGCCCCAGCAGGGCAAAACUGACCAGGUCCAGGUCCCCAGGCACUUUCAUUCCAAUCAGUGGGGCACUUUUAAGGUUCGGUUCCUUUUAGGAAAGACAUCAUUGGGAAUGAAGUCACAUUGGUGACUUAAUUUAACCAGUUGUCUUUGAGGGGAAAACCAAGUCUUGAAGGAUGAAGGAGCUGACGGAAUAGGACUCAAGAGCUGACAGCAAGUGCAGAGGCUCAGCAGCAGGAGUGAGCCUAGUUUCCUCACGGUACAGAGAAGGCUGCUGGCUGGAGAAUGUGGAGUGCUUGGCAUUUUCAACAAAGGCUUUCAGAUCAGGUUUUUGAGCAUGGGAGCCACACCUUGCAGACUGGAGGAUAAGUGGAGCAGCAGGUUGGCUGCCAGUGGUAGGUUUGGAGGAUGGAGGCUUCAGCCUGUAAAGGGAGUGGCGUCCUGAUUGGAGCUGCCUCCGCCGGUGUUUUAAUUCCUCAAGAGCAGAGAGGGACUGGGGUUCUUGGCCCAACUCUGCCAGGGAAUGCUUGCUUGCCAUGUGUGGCCCUGGCAGCUGCUCUGACAGCCUGGGUCUGCCAGGGCUCCGCCAGGGCUCCAGUGUGGCCAGAGGAGUGAGCUGAGUUCUUGCAGAUGGGCCAAACUGGAUCUUCCUCCUCCCUUCCCCCAACAGGACUGGUGCUUUUAUCAAAGCCUGGUUGUGAGGGAGGGGAGCCUUUCCCUGGGACCUGCUUGGAUUGGAGGCACCCUUCCUGUGCCAGCUCUGCAUGCCACGAGUGAGCCCUGACCUCUGGCUGAAGGCCACAGCAGCAGAAAGCUUCCCUAGCUGGCUCCAUAUUCCCCCAGUUUCCUGACCCCAACCCCACCUUGGACCUACCUGGGAUCCUGCAUAGACGCGUGGCCGCAUGGAGGGCGCCCCUGUGGGCGGACCGAACCGCGAAGGGACAGUCGGGCCCCAGAGGACACCGGCACCCUCAGGGGUGAGGUAGCCAGCCAUCUGCAUUCCCUGCUUCCUCGGGUCCGGAACUGCGCGUCUGGGCUCCGAGCGCGCGCGCCCCUGGGGAACCUGGGUUCGCCGCACCGCGCCCUGGGAGGUUCACGUUCCCUGGGCCGCGGACGGGGUGGCACCGCCCCAGCUUUGCACACCGCCGUCCCCUCAACGGAGCGCCGUCGUCGGUGGGCGGGGCCCGCGGGCGGCGGCGCUCGCUGGUUGGCUGAGGGGACGGGAGGCGGGACGCGCAUGUUCGCGAGGGGCGGCGCGGGGCUACCGGGAACGCGAAGAUGUCGGCCGUGGCGGUUCCCGAGCUGAAGCAGAUCAGCCGGGAGGAGGCGAUGCGCCUGGGCCCGGGCUGGAGCCAUUCGUGCCACGCCAUGCUGUACGCCGCCAACCCCGGGCAGCUCUUCGGCCGCAUCCCCUUGCGCUUCUCGGUGCUGAUGCAGAUGCGCUUCGACGGGCUGCUGGGCUUCCCCGGCGGCUUCGUGGACCGGCGCUUCUGGUCGCUGGAGGACGGGCUGAACCGGGUGCUGGGCCUGGGCCUGGGCGGCCUGCGCCUCACCGAGGCCGACUACCUGAGCUCGCACCUGACCGAGGGCCCGCACCGCGUCGUGGCGCACCUGUACGCGCGGCAGCUGACGCUGGAGCAGCUGCACGCCGUGGAGAUCAGCGCGGUGCACUCCCGCGACCACGGGCUGGAGGUGCUGGGCCUCGUGCGUGUCCCACUGUACACCCAGAAGGACCGGGCAGGCGGCUUCCCCAACUUCCUGAGCAACGCCUUCGUCAGCACCGCCAAGUGCCAGCUUCUGUUCGCCCUCCAGGCUCUCCACAUGAUGCCCGCAGAGAAGCUGGCAGAGGCCGUGGCCGCCGCCACAGAGAAGCAGAAGAAGGCCCUGGAGAAGCUGCUUCCUGCGUCCUCCUAGGUGCUUCCUGUGUGGCUGUCACCCUCUCCUGGCUCUGUCUGCCCAUGGGCCCUGGAAUUCCGUGGACGUGUGCCUUCCGCGUGUGUGUGUGUGUGUGUGUGUGUGUGAGGAGCAGGCAGCUGAUCAUGUCUGCUGCCCCUCUCAGUGGAUGACCUGGGCUUGGCUUUCCACACUCAGGAUAUUCUGUCCACUCCUAGUCUCAGACCCUCCUGUGAAUGAGUCCGUGGCUAGUGCAGGCCCUGGGCAGGCUGCCUUUCCCAGGGGGUCGGUGCAAAGCCCUGCUGGGGAAAGGCUGCUGUUGAGGUGGCUGGUUUGGAUGGAGGAGGCCCCUCAUCAGGUCACUGGCUUGGGACAGGACCUUGUACUGUUAAUUUUGGUGGUUGUUGGGUUUACUGCGUUAGAUUUCCUCUUUCAUGGAGUGUGAACUGUGGGUGAGGCUUCAAAGUAGCUUCACUCCGUGUGGCUUGGUUGCUAGGGACAGUGAGGGCCUCAGGGCCAUAGCUGUGUGUGGAGUUGUUGAAGGACAAAGACAAUAAAGUCACUCCUCCGCUGCUGUGGUGUUUGCUUCUAGACGGACACCCAGGGCUGGGUUCGGGCGCCUCCCCAACCUAAGUGGGUCAGGAGCACCACUUAGGCAUCUGUUCCCUGCACCUACUGGAGCACUACCCACCUUUUGACUUGUGCUAAGUCCUUCAUAUCAGGUCCUUUCCUGACCCUGGUAGCUCUGGCUGCACUAAGUUGCUGCUCUGGCCUCCACUUUGAAAGCUGCCUCCCUCCAUCCUCAGCACAGGCUU